UACUGAACACAAUGUAGGAUGGACCACUAACAGCAGUUCAACAGUUACGUCUAACUAAACAUUUGCUUUCCAGACCUAAACUGUCAGAACAAGAGCAGGUUGGGAGGAGGUGAAGAAAGUCGUCUGCGUUACUUCAGAUGACUGCUUUGUUAUUAUGCUGGUGCUCAUUUUAAUGUGUCACUAUGAACAGCUCUGCGUCUACAGUCCCCAUCACGUUUACAAUCUAUAGCAGUCUUGGUCUGAAUAACUUUGUGCUUGUCAUUUGCAUUGUUGUACUUUACAUUUCAGGCUUGUGUAUUAACCUUUUCCUCAUUGUGGUCAUUGCCGUUGAGUCUCGCCUUCACAGACCGAUGUACGUUCUGUUAGUCAACCUGGCUCUGAGCGGCAUGAUGGGCAGUUCAUCAGUGUGUCCAAACAUCAUCAAACACCUCAUAGUGAACAAGCAGGAGACUUCUCUUAAACUAUGUUUAACACAAGUGUUCUUUGGCAACAUGUACGGCGGCUGUAUAUUUUGUAUCUUAGCACUAAUGGCCUACGAUCGGUACGUUUCCAUCUGUAAACCUCUGCUGUACCACUCCAUCAUGACACCUGCUAAAGUCAAACUAAUGCUGGCGAUAGUUUACUUCCUCCUGAGCUUGUUCUCGGCCGUCCAGGUUUACCUGAUAUCCGGACUCACUCUAUGUGGGCACACAGUUGAUAAGCUUUUAUGUGACAGUCUGGUGAUUGCGAACCUUUCUUGUCAAAAGACGACUCUGAUCAGCGUGUAUGGUCUGUGCUGUGCCGUCUGUGUGAUCGUUUCCCCUUGUUUUUUAGUCAUUCUGUCAUAUGUUCAUAUUUUCACAGUGAUUCUAAAAACUUCUAAAGAGUCUCGGAGGAAAGCGUUGCAGACAUGCACCCCUCACUUAGUGACAUUUAUUAAUUUCUCUGUGGCAUCAUUUUUUGGUGUCAUUUAUAACCGUUUGAGUCAUGAAGUUCCAAAAGGAGUGAAUGUAUUUACAUGUAUGAGUUUUUUCGUCAUCCCUCCACUGCUGCAUCCCAUAAUCUAUGGCAUUAAAAUGCAAGAGAUUCGGCAAAGUAUGAAUAAAAUGAUUAAAAAGAAAAUGACACAAUUGUGA